AUGAAACCAAAGGGGGAAUUAGAUCUAUUAUCAAAGGAUGAAACUAGUCAAUUGAAAAAGACACAAGUGGGUGAGAGUUUGAAAGUAAAUAAAUCAAUGAAGAAGGCGAUUUCGCGUCAAGAGGAAGAGUUGAGUCAACUGGUGGCUACAAUCGAAGGUGGCUAUACUAAUCAGAUGAUUUCACCAGCGAUUUCAGAUGCAGUUCAGAUGGGAGAGAAAAGAAAACUCAGUGAUGGUUGCAAAUCGGGACAGGAACAGGAUCGUUUGGAAUCUAGGGUUCCAACAAAUAACCCUAGGCGACAAUUAUCAUGGGGGGAUAAGGUGGAACUGGAGGGUAAACAGAACGCGUGGGCUCAAUCAGAUGGUGCCAAUCCACCAAUAUGGGUCAUGGAAGAUUAUCUGAAAAAAAUUUGGGGACGACGUGGUGUUGAUAAGGUAAUUCAUCUCCCUAGUGGUUUGUUUGUGGUUAGAUUCAACACUUUGCAUGCUAGAGAGGAAGUUCUCAGUGUUAAUAUGUAUCAAUUUGGAUUAAAACCCCUUAUUGUGAAGCCUUGGAAUGUUGAAAAAGGAUUAAGUUAUCGUGAUGUGGAUAAGGUACCUGUUUGGAUUUGA